AGCAACGGCAGUCUGGGGAAAUCUUCGCAUUGUUGCCCCCACAGGUGCGAUCGUCGUCUGUUCCGUGUGCUCAUCACUGACAUUGUCGUCAUUUGUUUCGUGUGAUCGCCAUUGAUAUUGUCGUUCUGCUUCUGAAGAGACAUAAGUCAAGACUGGAGGAUUAUUCCUUUCUCUUCUUUCAUACGUUUGCGUAUUCCAGUAACAUCAGGAUCAAGCACUCGAGAUUCUAGGAUCAGUGCACAUUAAAGUUCGGAAAGUGAAAGGUGAAACGCAUACACUGCACGUCAAGAAAAUCAAACACGACUUGAUAUAUUAUGGCUACUCAACUUGAAAGGAAGGAAUACGACUUAACUCCACUUAGAGAAUCAAAACUGCCUAUCAUAUGGGUACUGGGUGGGCCAGGCUCCGGCAAAGGCACACAGUGCGACAAGAUCGUGGCAAAGUAUGGCUUCACCCACCUGUCUACAGGAGACCUGCUGCGGAGUGAGGUACAGUCAGGCUCCGGGCGGGGACAGAAACUCAACGCCAUUAUGGAACAGGGUGAACUCGUACCUCUGGACGCAGUUCUGGGACUCCUUGCGGAAGCCAUGCUUGCCAAUGUAACUUCGUCAAAAGGCUUCCUUAUCGACGGCUACCCACGAGAACUGGAACAGGGCCUCACAUUCGAGAAGCAAAUUUCUGAAUGCACCAUAAUCCUCAACUUCGAAGUUAGCCCUGAAACUAUGACGAAACGUCUACUCCAUCGAGCUCAAACGUCGGGGCGAGUAGAUGAUAACGAGGAGACCAUCAAGAAGCGCCUGGACACGUUCAGCAAGCACAGCAAACCCGUCAUUGAACACUUCUCCAACAAAUGUAAGACGAUAAAUGCGGAAAGGGAUCCAACAGAAAUCUUCAAAGAUAUUGAAGCUUGCCUGGACAGUCUGGCUAACAUAAAUGGCUUUUAAGAAAUGAAGAGACGCCCAACAACGACGCUGGGAGUUUUAUAAAUAUGAUGAUACCAAUUUGUGGCUUUCCGAAAAUAAUUUUACGCACUAGAAACUGAGAAACGAAAACAAUCAGCCAUCAUUUUAAAAUAACGUUGUCAAAAACAAAUGUGUAGGGAGGUGAAACAUAAUAACACUCAAUUUUUAAAGUGAGUUCACUUGUAUUUAUUAAAUACACUUCACACCAUUCAAUUCAUUCUAAUAUACACAGGCCUAAUUUUGUUCUAGAGUAAAAUAUUCAAUUUCGUCUGCAUGAGGUCUCCUGCCCGAAAUAAAUUAGGUGUAUGUACAGACUUUAAAUAGGUCUCGAUUUAAACGGCUGUCUAAAGCAAAAAAAAAAAUAUUUGGCUCAUAAAUAUUUAAGAUAGAAUGCACGCAGGUCAUCCAGAAAGUAAAGAUUGUUUCUUGAUUUAAAAAUAAAUUAAUUAAAAAAUUGUAUUUUAUGUCAUUGCUGCAGACUUUAAAUCAUUCGUUUACAUAAUCCUCAUCAAGAUUCAGGCAUAGUACAUAUAUCUAUCAUAUGAGGAGUUUCUGUAAGCCUGCAUCGCAGAAUCUGCCACCGUCCAAUGAACUAUUCUUUAACAAUCUUCUUCACGCCUUCAUGGCUACCCACGUUAUGCUAUGCACAAACCAUCUUUACUUUCCGGACUGCCUUAGUAUAAUAUAAAAUAUAAAAAGAUAUUUGAUAAUUACUUUAAUUUGGAGUACCACAUUUCUCUAUUCGAUAUCAACUAAAUUUAAGAUGAAAAUUUUUACGCUGUUCCAAUUAAAUAUGCAAUAAAUAUUUGCUUGUAAAAACAACAGAACUCAGCAAAACACCAAGAUUAUUGCUUUGAAUGGAGGCCCAAGGUUUAACUAUCUCAAAACCAUAAUCCAGUUAAAAGCUUCAACUGAUUGUAUUCCUAUAUGAACUUUUACUUCUAUCCGUAUGAAUGUAUUCACAUUAUUGCACUCAGCAAGAAAAAUAGCAAUAAAUACAAAGGUACUUC